CUAGCUAUCGAUGGAGAGCCUGAAGGAUCCUUACGUGAGUGAAAGUGCCUUCCGAGAGCAUAGUGAGUGAGCAGGUGAUUUUAAACUGGUUGUUUACUUCUAUAAACUAUGCGUGUGUGAAAAGAAACUCGGAUGUGUGAAUAAAUCGAUAAAAGGAUCAAUCACAGCGGAUUAUCAGCAACAGCAGCAGACGGAAGUGAACAGCGGGAGAAGACACACACCAGAUCAAACACUAUGAUCGAUGACGAUGAGGAUGACUACGAAGGAUAUUUUCUUCGCCCUGCCAACGAGUACAACAUAAAGGAAAAAAUCAUCCAAGCGAAUCAGGAAUCGUUUGCCAUUCCGACACCACCCUCCCCACGCCAGCACGCAACCGGCGAACGGCGCGUAACCUUCCGCGAGCAGCUCGUCGACUACGAACCGGACGAUUACAGCAGCGAGGAUGACGGGGGAUACGCGGGCGGAUCGGGUGGCGGAUCGGGAGGUCCGAAGAAGAACGCCAUCAUCGAAACGGUAGCGGACGUGCACCGGGAUGGAAGUGGCGUGGACGGAUCGACGGAUGCGGACACGAUCAUCAUCGAGGAGCUGCACCUGGAUGAUCGGCGCACAACAACACCGGAUCACGAGCGGGAAGACGAUGAGGUGGUGGUCGAGGAGGAGCAGCUGCCCGAGGGAGACGGCUGGGAUGAGGACGGCGAAGGAACGGACGAUCGUAUGGAGAAACAUAAGACUGGUGUGGAGGGUGAAUCGGUAGUGUCCGAGGAGGAGGAAGAGGUGGAGGAGGAAACCGUGCCCCACGAAGAGCACGGAGCGGAGGUGGAAGAGGAGCAGGAGGAGGAUGAGGAGGAGGAGGAGGAGGAACCAACCGAUGGUUCAAGCAUGGAUACGGAAAUUCACAAUCCGGAGAGUAGUGAGGACAUUAGCAGCAGUCCACUGAAGACAUACCGCAGCGAGGCCGACUCCCGGUCCGGUUCCGGCGAUUCGCAGGCAGAGGAGGUGAAUCCUGGCGAGGAAGACGCGAACGACGCGCCCCACUACGAGGAUGACCAUGAUGACGACGCCCAUGGGCAGUCGUUCUAUCGCGACGGAACGGCACAUGACGGUGAUGACCGUGACUCAUCAUCGGACGGUGAACGUCCGCUCGAAGCACACCGAGCGAAACGAUCGUCGACCUGCCGUCGGAAGUGCUGCCGGCACAAGAAAUCAUCCGGCGAAAAGUUGCCGUACUACAACGGUUUCCGUUCCGAGUAUGGGCUGUCGCGGGAAGAGCUGGAGGAGAAGAAGCGGCGGCUUGAGGCUCGAAGGCAGCGGGUCCGCGAACGACAGCAUCGUCGUACGGCGGAACAGCGUCAGAAGGCUCGCUCGAACGAGGAAGCGUUUGCGGCCUGGCUGCACGGCAAGCUGCGGAACUCGAUCAACAAACAUCAGAACAUGUACGACGUCAGGCAGAGUGGAUCGUCCGGCCGGCAGCAGCAGCAGCAGCAGCCCCAGAACCCGAAAUAUCGCCGCCGGAACGGUAUCCACACGAUGCAGCAAAUUUCGUACGGUUAGCAAUCUUGCAAUAAAAGUAAUAUUACUCCUCCUUUACUCACACACAA